AUGUCUACGCCGUUGCAGGACGAAAGCUCGACUCAGCUCAAUAAGUUUGAGAAAUUGUCAUGGAGGCCCUCGGGUAGAGAUUCAGGCUUCAAGAUGCGGGCUCGCUGGCUUCAGGCUCGACGCAUCUUAUCCCCCGCGUUCCCCAGCCUUCGCAUCCCGAACCGGUUUCUAAGGGAAGGACCCUGGGUGCCCGCGGCCCGUAGCGGACACCGCUGUGUAGCAGACAGCACCCACCUAUACGUGUUUGGCGGCUACAACCCGGACUUCGGGGAGGCAGGCGGGGCAGAAAAUGAAGAUUUUCCUCUCUUCAGGGAGUUAUGGAGGUUUCAUUUCGCUACCGCCACCUGGCACCGUGUUCAGACAGAGGGUUACAUUCCCACAGAACUCGCUUCCAUGUCAGCCGUCUUUCAUGGGAAUAACCUGCUGGUGUUUGGUGGCACGGGCAUUCCGUUCGGUGAAAACAACGGCAAUGACGUCCACGUUUGCAACGUUAAAUACAAACAAUGGAAUCUGCUUGUCUGCAAAGGAACAAAGCCCAACAAAAUCUACGGGCAGGCAAUGGUCAUAAUAAAUGGCUACCUGUACGUUUUUGGAGGGACGACUGGCUACUUUUACAGCACAGACCUGCACAGGCUAGAUCUGACUACCAAAGAGUGGUGCCACCUUAAGCCCAACAAUGUCCCCACAGAUCUACCGGAAGAAAGGUACCGACAUGAACUAGCUCAUGAUGGACAGAGGAUAUACAUUCUGGGAGGCGGGACUUCCUGGUCAUCGUAUUGCCUGGACAAGAUUCACGCAUAUAACCUGGAGACAAAUUACUGGGAGGAAAUAGUAACCAAACCCCAUGGAAAGCUAGGUUAUCCUGCUGCACGUCGCUGUCACAGUUGUGUACAGGUUAAAGAUGAGGUGUUUAUAUGUGGCGGCUACGACGGGCAGCUGAUCAUGGCCGACUUGUGGAAGCUCCACCUUGGCACUUUUCAGUGGACCAAGCUACCUGCCGUAAUGCCAGAGCCCGCCUACUUCCACUGCGCCGCUGUCACGCCUGGGGGCUGCAUGUACAUCCACGGCGGGGUGGUGAACAUGUCCGGUAAUCGACGUACAGCCUCGUUGUAUAAAGUGUGGCUGGUGGUGCCCAGCCUGCUAGAGCUUGCAUGGGAGAAACUACUGAAGACUCUGCCUCACUUAGCUCAGCUCUCCACAUUACAGCUGCUCAGUCUGGGACUGCCGCACACACUCAUCCAGCGGCUAAAGUAG